AGGAAUGAUCUCAUUAUUCAUCACCAAGGCAAACCUUCGUGCGUUUGACUUUAUGAUAAAGCGGCUGCGCAGACCGAACAAAAUAUGACUUCAAGUUACCGCGAUAGCGACUAAAGAAAUAAUUCGGAGCAGUCUGAUCUCACGUAGCUCUCGCGAUACUUUGAUAUCCCUGACACUCUACGUGCAACCGGAUGAUGUCGAAUCCCGCCCAGAUAACAGCCAGUAGGUGGUAUUGACGGAAAGUCGUGUUUAUUUUUUAUAGAGGUCGGUUGAUGUCCUCUGUCUACAUAUAUAUAAAGUCAUAUAUUACAUAUAUUAUAUGUUCAUACUCGAAUGAAUUGGUGUAACGAAACAGAGAAACGUGUUGCCCGGAGUUUCUACAUUGGACUUUUUUCGACCUAAAAUUCACAGGAUGGGAUGUAAGGUGUGGUAUCACGUUGUUGCGCUUUUCCUGUUUCUUGCGAAGAGUGUACAUGUCAGUGCGCAAUGUACACAGCCUGCUGUAAAGGACAAUAUGAAAUUAUUAGAUGAAUACAUUUUGACCACAAGUUUCUCAGAUGGAGCCCAAGUAAAAUAUGAGUGUAUGCCUGGAUAUGUAUCAGUUAACCCGAGAGCCUCUAGAUACAUUACCUGUCAGGGAAUCAAAUGGACAGAACUUGCCCUCGAAUGCAAAAGAAAAUCAUGUGGAAGUCCUCCAGAUUUGCCAAAUGGGAGAUAUGAAAUUCCACAAGGAGUUUUAUUUGGUGACACUGUUAUUGGUGUUUGUAAUGAAGGAUAUGAGUUGACUUCUAGAAUAAGUCAAAGAACGUGUCGAUCUGAUGGAUGGGAUGGUAGAGCGCCUGAAUGUGAAGCGGUGAUAUGUCUUUCACCACCAAUCAUAGACAAUGGCAGGAUUGAUGAUCCACCUGAUACACAAUAUGAAUAUGGAAUGGCAGUGUCCUACAGAUGUAAUGAUGGGCUUACUCUUAUUGGAAAUUCAACAUUGCAUUGUUCUCAAGAUGGAUCUUUUUCUCCAGAGCCGCCAAAAUGUAUCACUGUAUCAUGUGAAAAGCCUGAUGUCAAAAACGGAUAUCGGUACGCUGGAAAAUCACCUCCCUACACAAUGAAUAACUUUAUAGAUUUCAAAUGCGAUGUGGGCUAUGAAAUGAAAGGAGACAGUCAUAUUGUGUGUACAGAAAAGGGAUGGAUCCCUGAACCACCGCAGUGCAUUGUGUAUUGUGGACCUCCUACAUUUGAAGGGCAUGUCACAAUAUCCAAGACUCAUGACUCCACUAAUAAAUUCCUUGAUGGGAACAACGUAACAUUUGAAUGUAAAUCUGGAUAUGAAGCCAUUGAUUCGAAAGCCUCUAAGAUAGUUACCUGUGUCGACACCAAGUGGACAAAUCUGGAGCUCAAAUGCAAAGGGUUUUGUGGACCGCCUGUGUUUGGAGAGAAUGUCAACACAGCAACAAAAUUAGACUCAAAAAAAUUCCCUGAUGGAUACACAGUAGAAUUUGAAUGUAAGUCUGGAUAUAAAGCAGCUGAUUUGGAAGCCUCCAAGUUUGUUACCUGUAUGGACACAAAGUGGACAGAUCUGAAGCUCAAAUGCGAAGAUGAAACUCCUCCUCCUCCUCAUUUUAAUAAAGUACUUGUUGCAGUGCUUGUGGGGCUUCUGGUUCUGGCUGUGAUUCUGUGUGUGGUAUGGUACUGCUGCAAAAAGAGAAACUCAAAACAUGAAAAGGUGCCGACUGGAAGUGGAGAGGAAGAUUUAUAACACCCUUACUUCCCUUACUCGUAUGAUCUAAUAAUUACAAUGAAGUUCCCAAGGAGAAAUUUUAGUUGGAAGGUGAAGAUGCCUCAAAAUGUUUCACACAAGAAUGUUUCUGGAUCUUCACUAGAACAUCUGAAGACCCAAUGUUGUGUGUCGAAGCCUGUCUUAAAAUCACUUCACCCGAUAGCAAGGGACAACUUUUGUUUUCUGCAUUCUGUCUUUAUACACUACAAAAGGUCUCUCCACACAAACGUCAGCUUUUACACAAAUCUACAUUAUGAAGUUUUUUUAUUUAUUACUUGUAAUUUUAUUUUAAACUACUGAUGAUGCACUUGAAUGAUUUGAUCACCCUUCAUCCCAGUCAAAAUGGUUGUGCUUUAAAACGGCACUUAUUUUGUGUUUUUUUUAUGUCUGGUUUCAAAAAAUAUAUCUUAAAUUCAGUUUCUAUAAGACCUGAGAUUAUAUGAGCAAAACCAAAUAUACACAGGACUUUCAUUUGUGAUCUUUUCAUAUGGACACUAUGUAGUAAAUGCACAGAGUCUUAAAGUGCCUUUUUAUUAGAUUGGAGCAUUGUAUCCUGAUGCAACAUAGCUUUGAUAUAAGGCUUAGAUCUAAUCAAGAGAUGGAACGAUGGAGAAAACUUGUUAAAUUUAAGUUGUUAAAUUUGUGUUCUAGUUUUUACUAUGUAAGGCCAAAUAAGCGGUUUAAAUUAUUUAUAUUUCUUGUACAAAUGUGAAUGUUUGUUUUUUUUGUUUAGAAUUGUUUGGAAAUGCUUAUUUCUUAAAAAACACUUAAUAAAAACUGCACUAUUAAAAUGGUCUAUUUUAGAAACAGGUUCAAGUGUUUUUUAAUGGUACAAAUUAUACAGUGACAUAAUUGAUAUCAAUCAGGUAAACUGACAGUUCAUUAUUCUUAAAAGCAAAAAUAAAACAGGUUUUGAUUAGCAUAUUGUUAUUAAUAUUGUGUUACAGGAAGUCUCAGAAAACCCUUUUAAAUUUGAUCAGUAAAGUCUUUAAUGCUCCUCUCAAUACUGCAUGGGUUCCUGACACAAAAUAGACCAAGUUGUUUUCUUUUAAUGAUUUAUGCGAAAGUUGCUGAAGUUUAAGUUAAAUUGUUAUAUUUUCUACUUAUAAUGUUGAAUGUUUGUUUGCUUAGCAGUUAAACUGACUGCCUGUUGUGUUUUGUAAUGGUUUUAGUACUGCUAUUGUACUUGUACAUUUAUUACAUUAUAACACAUAUUAGGACACAACAUUUCAUUCAUUCGCAUAAUUCACAUUUUUGCAUCUAAUACUACUGUUGCUUAUGCUUCCCUGUGCCAGAUCAGAUGAAAAUGAAAAGCGGCACAGGCUAAAUUUAAUGCUUGGCUGCCUUGAGUCUCGAUUGGGCAACAACUUUCAUAAUCACUGCUGUGUUUCAGAAUCACUGUGCAAUAGGAAAUAGCUAGAUAACCUUGCUAAGUGAGGUCAAAUACAGGAUUAAAUGUGUGUACUUUUACUGGUUGAUGAAAUAUAAAAUAAAGAUAUGCUUUCCUUA